AUGGAGCAAUCCCAGGCACUGCGGCAUGGGGGUGAGCAGAACUGGUGGGGCAGUGCCCCCCAGUACCAGUAUAUGCCCUUUGAGCACUCUACCAGCUAUGGACUGCCCUCUGAGAAUGGGGGCCUCCAGCACCGACUUCGAAAGGACACAGGCCCUCGUCACAACGUUCACCCCACACAGAUUUAUGGCCAUCACAAAGAACUGCCAGACAAGGAGCAGGGCAUGGGAAUGCCCAGGAAGAUGGGCUCCCGUUCCACCCUGGACAGCAGUGAUGAGGAUCACUAUUCUAAAUGUCAAGGUUGUGUCCGCCGCCUGGGACAUGUGGUGAGAAGAAAGUUAGGGGAAGACUGGAUCUUUCUGGUGCUUCUGGGCCUACUGAUGGCUCUGGUCAGCUGGUGCAUGGACUAUGUCAGCGCCAAAAGCCUUCAGGCCUACAAGUGGACAUAUGCUCAGAUGCAGCCCAGCCUCCCUCUGCAGUUCCUGGUCUGGGUCGCCUUCCCGCUUACUCUCAUUCUCUUCAGCGCCCUCUUCUGCCACCUCAUCUCUCCCCAGGCGGUUGGCUCUGGGAUCCCUGAAAUGAAGACAAUCCUUCGCGGGGUUGUCCUGAAGGAGUAUCUCACAAUCAAGGCCUUUGUGGCCAAGGUGGUUGCCCUGACCGCUGGGCUUGGUAGUGGCAUCCCUGUGGGGAAAGAGGGCCCUUUUGUCCACAUCGCCAGCAUCUGCGCUGCUGUCCUCAGCAAGUUUAUGUCCGUGUUUUGUGGGGUCUACGAGCAGCCAUACUAUUACACUGACAUCCUGACGGUGGGCUGUGCGGUGGGAGUCGGCUGCUGUUUCGGGACGCCACUUGGAGGAGUGCUGUUCAGCAUCGAGGUCACCUCUACCUACUUUGCAGUUCGCAACUACUGGCGAGGAUUCUUUGCGGCCACAUUCAGUGCCUUUGUGUUCCGUGUGCUGGCAGUGUGGAACAAGGAUGCUGUCACCAUCACUGCCCUGUUCAGAACCAAUUUCCGAAUGGAUUUCCCCUUUGACCUGCAGGAACUCCCAGCCUUUGCUGUCAUUGGGCUUUGCUGUGGGUUCCUGGGAGCUGUAUUUGUGUAUCUGCAUCGCCAAGUCAUGCUCGGCGUCCGAAAGCACAAGGCCCUCAGCCAGUUUCUGGCUAAGCACCGCCUGCUGUAUCCUGGAAUUGUUACCUUUGUCAUCGCCUCAUUCACCUUUCCACCAGGAGUGGGUCAAUUCAUGGCUGGAGAGCUGAUGCCCCGUGAAGCUAUCAGUACCCUGUUUGACAACAACACGUGGGUAAAGCACGUGGGUGACCCCAAAAGCCUGGGACAGUCAGCUGUGUGGAUUCACCCCAAGGUCAACGUUGUCAUCAUCAUCUUUCUCUUCUUUGUCAUGAAGUUCUGGAUGUCCAUCGUGGCCACCACUAUGCCCAUACCCUGCGGAGGCUUCAUGCCCGUGUUUGUGUUAGGAGCCGCGUUUGGAAGGCUGGUAGGAGAGAUCAUGGCCAUGCUAUUCCCUGACGGUAUCUUAUUUGAUGGCAUUAUCUACAAGAUCCUACCUGGGGGCUAUGCAGUAAUUGGAGCAGCAGCAUUGACUGGUGCCGUGUCCCACACAGUCUCCACAGCUGUGAUUUGCUUUGAAUUAACGGGUCAGAUUGCUCACAUCCUACCCAUGAUGGUGGCUGUUAUCUUGGCCAACAUGGUGGCUCAGAGCCUACAGCCCUCCCUCUAUGACAGCAUCAUCCAGGUCAAGAAGCUACCCUACUUGCCUGACCUUGGUUGGAACCAGCUCAGCAAAUUUACAAUAUUUGUUGAGGACAUCAUGGUACGUGAUGUGAAGUUUGUUUCAGCUUCUUGCACAUAUGGGGAAUUGCAAGCCCUGCUCCAGACCACCACAGUCAAGACUUUGCCACUGGUCGAUUCAAAAGAUUCCAUGAUCCUGCUGGGCUCCGUGGAGCGCUCGGAGCUGCAGGCCCUCCUGCAGCGCCACCUGAGUCCCGAGCGGAGGCUGCGGGCGGCGCAGGACUUGGCGCGGAGGCUGGCCGAGCUGCCUUUCGACGGCAAGGCGCGGCCCGCAGCGCGGGGGCUCCCCGGCGGCGCGCCCCAGGGCCGGCCCGAGUCCUUCGCCUUUGUGGAUGAGGAUGAGGACGAGGACCUCUCCGGCAAGACCGAGCUGCCUCCACUUCCUCCACCUGCUGCUCCACCAUCCUCUGAAGAGCCCAACGGGCCCCUGCCCGGCCACAAACAGCAGCCAGAAGCCCCAGAGCCUGCAGGUGGAAGACCCUCCAUCUUCCAGUGCCUGCUGCGCUGCUUGCUGGGCCGAUCUCGCCCCGCGAAGAAGAAAACAACCCAGGAUCCCACCGAUUUAGUGGACAACAUGUCACCUGAAGAGAUCGCGGCCUGGGAGCAGGAGCAGCUGAGCCAGCCCGUCUGUUUUGAUUGCUGCUGCAUCGACCAGUCUCCCUUCCAGCUGGUGGAGCAGACCACUCUGCACAAAACUCACACGCUCUUCUCGCUCCUGGGCCUUCAUCUCGCCUACGUGACCAGCAUGGGGAAGCUUAGGGGCGUCCUGGCACUGGAGGAGCUGCAGAAGGCCAUCGAGGGGCACACCAAGUCCGGGGUGCAGCUCCGCCCUCCUCUUGCCAGUUUCCGGAGCACAACUUCAACUCGAAAGAGCCCUGGCGGACCACCCCCUCCUGCAGAGGGCUGGAGCCUGCCAGAAGACGGAGCCGGGCCCACAGGAGCAGGAGAUGUGGCACCUGCCCCCCCAGAUUCCCCUGUGCCGUCACCCUCCCCUGAGCCCCCUCUCUCCCCGGCCCCAGCCAAGGCAAGGGGCGAGCUGGAGGCGGCGGAGGAGCUGGAGCUGCUGGAGAGCGCAGGGCCGGACGAGGAGCUGGCUGAUAUCUUGCAGGGCCCCAGUCUGCGGUCCACGGACGAGGAGGAUGAGGAUGAGCUGAUCCUUUGA